ACUACCACCACACUAAACCAGCUACCAAACAUCCAUACCCAUCUACCCAUACACACCCUCCUUUCACGACCUCACCUCGAGCACUCGGCAGCUGCGCACCCCCCUCCCGAUAGCUCCCACCAUCCCGCACAUUACCGCCCAGCAUGACGUCCUUCCUCGAGAGCGCCUACUCGAUGGUGCACAUGGACAACACGGCCGACCAGCCGUCCGUCCAGCAGCUGCAGCAACAACUCGAGAAAGGGACCGACGACGGCAAGAUUGACACGAUGCGCAACAUUCUCACAGUGAUGCUGAACGGCGACCCCUUACCGCAGCUGCUGAUGCACAUCAUCCGGUUCGUGAUGCCUAGCAAAAGCAAAGCCCUCAAGAAGCUGCUCUACUUCUACUACGAGAUAUGUCCGAAACACGAUGCGAGCGGGAAAUUGAAGCAGGAAAUGAUCUUGGUCUGCAAUGGCAUCAGGAACGAUCUGCUUCAUCCGAACGAGUACAUCCGUGGUGCGACGCUUAGGUUCCUGUGCAAGAUUAAGGACGCGGAGCUCCUGGAACCGCUGCUCUCCUCGGCAAGACUGUGUCUGGAGCAUAGACAUGCGUAUGUCCGGAAGAACGCCGUGCUCGCUGUUAGCUCGAUAUUCCAGCAUUCCGAACACCUCAUCCCCGAUGCUCCGGAGCUCAUCUACACUUUCAUCCAGGCGGAGAACGAUAACACUUGCAAGCGGAAUGCGUUCGUAGCGCUGAGCUCGAUCUCCCACGAGAAGGCGCUGGAUUAUCUCACCCUGGUCUUCGAUGAGAUUUCGAGCCUGGACGAGUUGACACAGCUGGCGCUGAUUGAGUUUAUCCGGAAGGAUGCGGUGAUGAACCCCGGGAAUAAGUCGAGGUACCUGCGGUUAAUAUUCGAUCUUCUCGAGGCGUCAUCGAACACUGUGGUCUACGAGGCGGCAACGAGCUUGACGGCGCUAACGGCAAACCCCGUCGCCAUCAAGGCGGCUGCUGGGAAGUUUAUCGAGCUGUGCAUCAAGGUGUCGGAUAACAACGUCAAGCUCAUCGUGUUGGAGAAGGUGGAUCUGCUGAGGAAGAAGAAUGAGGGCGUGUUGGAUGGGCUGGCUAUGGAGAUCCUGCGGGUACUGUCGAGUCCCGAUAUUGAUGUCCGCCGGAAGGCGCUGGAUAUCGCAAUGGACAUGGUGUCGAGCAAGAACGUCGAGGAGGUGGUGAUGCUGCUUAAGAAGGAGCUGGCAAAGACCGUGGACCAGGACUACGAGAAGAACAACGAAUACCGUCAACUCCUGAUCCAUGCCAUCCACACCUGCGCGAUCAAGUUCUCGGAGGUGGCAGCCAGUGUCGUCGGCUUGCUCAUGGACUUCAUCAGCGAGUUCAACAGUGCGUCCGCGGUCGAUGUCAUCACCUUUGUCAAGGAGGUCGUCGAGAAGUUCCCCAACUUGCGCGCGCCCAUCAUCGAGCGCCUCAUGUUGACGCUGGGAGAGGUACGAUCUGGGAAGGUAUACCGUGGUGUGAUGUGGAUUGUGGGGGAGUACUGCGUCGAGGAGAAGGAUAUCCGAGAGGUAUGGAAGCGGAUACGCGCCAACCUGGGAGAGAUCCCCAUCCUGGCCUCCGAGCAGCGGCUUUUGGACGAGCAACCCGAAGGAGACGCAGAACAGGCCGCCGGAGCGAAGCAAUCGGUCCCGUCCGGUUCGCGAAAGGUCCUGGCCGAUGGUACCUAUGCCACAGAGAGCGCUCUCACCAGUGAUUCCGCUGUUGCCGCCAGGCUCGAGGCGGUCAAAGCUGCGUCGAAGCCUCCACUCCGUUCGUUGAUCCUCGAUGGCGACUACUACCUCGGAACCGUGCUCGCCUCCACGCUCACGAAGCUGGUAAUCCGCCACGCCGAGAUCUCCGACGACAUUGAACGGACAAACGCUCUCAAAGCUGAGGCGAUGUUGAUUAUGAUCAGUGUCAUCCGCGUGGGUCAAAGUCAGUUCGCCAAGGCUCCCAUCGAUGAAGACAGCAUCGACCGUAUCAUGUCCUGCGUGCGGUCGCUCGCAGAGUUUGAGACCAAGAAGGAUGUCAAGAAUGUCUUCCUGGAGGACACCAGAGCUGCGUUCCGUGCUAUGGUCCAAGCAGAGGAGAAGAAGCGCACCGCCAAGGAAGAGGCCGAGAAGGGACGGAACAUGACCCAGGUAGACGACGUGAUCAACAUCCGUCAGCUCAGCAAAAAGUCCGCCACCGACGGCGCCGAUGAGCUCGGCCAGGACCUCGAGAAAGCCACUGGCGGUGACGCCGGCAGCGAGGAUCUGUCCAGCAAACUCUCCCGCGUUGUCCAGCUCACCGGUUUCUCUGACACCGUCUACGCCGAGGCCUACGUCAAGGUCCACCAGUUCGACAUCAUCCUCGAUGUCCUUCUCGUCAAUCAGACCACCGAAACCCUCCAAAAUCUCUCCGUCGAAUUUGCUACCCUUGGUGACCUCAAAGUGGUCGAGCGGCCCACCACCCAAAACCUCGGACCUCACGCCUUCCAAUCCGUCCAGUCGACCAUCAAAGUCUCCUCCACCGACACGGGCGUGAUCUUCGGCAACGUGGUGUACGACGGCGCGUCCAGCACCGAAACCAACGUCGUAAUCCUGAACGACGUGCACGUCGACAUCAUGGACUACAUCCAGCCCGCGCACUGCACCGAGACGCAGUUCCGCACCAUGUGGACCGAAUUUGAGUGGGAGAACAAGGUCAACAUCAACUCCAAGGCCAAGAGUCUGCGCGAGUUCCUGGAUGGCCUCAUGAAGGCGACCAAUAUGGCGUGUCUCACCCCCGAGGCCAGUCUGGAGGGCGAUUGCAGAUUCCUUUCCGCGAAUCUGUAUGCCAAGAGUGUUUUCGGCGAGGAUGCUCUGGCAAACCUGAGCAUAGAAAAGGACGGCGACGACGGCCCGGUCACGGGAUUCGUAAGGAUCCGGUCGAGAUCGCAGGGGUUGGCGUUGAGUCUGGGCAGUCUUAAGGGGUUGAAUAAGGCUGAGUAAUUUGAUGGAUGGAUUUUUUUUUGUUUCCCUCUUCUCUCUUUUUAUUUCACUAUCGUUUUCUUUCUUUUAUGGGGAGCGUGUUUGUGCUGUGGUUUUUUACUUUACUUUACUUUGCUCUAUAUUUGAACCGUUGAUGUUUUGAUGAUGACGGGGAAAGGCACGGGAAAGGCAGGGAAAUUUUUCCUUUUGUUGGCGGCGGUGGGUAGAUGUGCUUCAAUGCGACACUCGUCGACAAUUUCCUUUUCUCUCUGCCCGUCUGGCCUCCGUCGUGAGAUAGGUGGACGAAUCGGACCCGAGUGGCUGAGGGUGUGAAAAGCGAGUGAGAUUAUGAGAGGAUGUAUGUAUACUCUAGGUAUCGAGAGCCAGUGACCUCGCUCUGAUUGAACGUACUUAAGUAAUGACUGGC